GUAAAAUUAUAGUAAUUGGUGGAAGGGUUGACACAGGAGCUGAAAUUGGCAUAAAAGUUGCUGUAGAGGUUGAUACAGAAACUAAGAAUCUGAUUAUCUACGAUAUUGACGUAACUUUACCGGGGCCUUGGGCAAAUAAAUUAGGAAAACAUUACGAAGGUUUGUUAUCUUCAUUAUCAAAUGGUCAAGAGAAUACAGAUCACUUUAUUGAUAUCGUAGGCAGUCUUGAAAGGAUUAGUAACACACCCAUUCCCUUAGCUUACAGACAAGUUGUGACUUCGUAUGUUUGGUUACUUCCAGUCAGUCUUGUCGAUAUACUUGGAUGGUUAACUAUUCCAGUUAUCUUUGUAAUAUCUUUUAUUCUUUUUGGUGUUGAAGCAAUCGGAGAGUAG